AAUCCGUAAUUACUCCAAUAAUUGUCCAACGAUAUUUAUUUUCAAUAACUCAGUGAUUAAUUCUGUUAUGGAGACUGCGGAGAACGAUAAACAUCUCAUUAUUUUUGAUACUUCGAAAAAUGAGAGAAGACUCAAUGAGGAAUUCAAGGUCUUGCAGAGAAAAUUGAAACAAAAGUGGAAAUUCAUCGAGAAUAAUGAUGUGUUAUCUCAAGAAACUCUGGCCAACGGGGAAGUUCUCGUGCUCGCCGAACCCCGGAGUAAAUUCACGGAACUCGAGAUGAAUUCGAUCCGGGGAUUUAUCAAUGGUGGAGGGAAUGUAUUGGUGAUGCUGGGUGAAGGAGGAGAAAACAAAUUCAAUACUAAUAUCAAUUUUUUACUUGAAGAAUUCGGAAUUAUGGUUAACAACGAUUUCGUCGUGCGAAUGAACUAUAAUCAAACAUUGCACCCGAAGGAGUGUACAGUAUCUCAUGGCCUAUCGAAUAAUUCUAGAUUUGUACAUAAUCGUGAAGACUUCACGCGCAUGAAUUUCGUUUAUCCAUAUGGAGCGACUUUGAAUGUCGUGCAACCGUCAACAGUGGCUUUAUCUACCGGAACUCUCGCAAUCCCAAUGAACAGACCGAUUUGCGCAUAUUAUUCAUCACCCACGAGUGCAGGAAAAUUAGUCGUCCUGGGCUCCUCUCGUCUCCUGACUGAUUCCUACGUCGAAAAGGAGCAGAAUGAUGCCUUGAGGGACAUGAUCUUCCAGUUCUUUCAAUCAAAGGAUCAAGGCUCGAAGAAUUAUCGUGCAGAUGACAUUGAGUAUCCUGAUUACACAUUCGUCCCAGACAUCACCCAACAGGCGGAGAAUCCAAAAGUCUGCACCCAAGACCUCGAUAACAUCGACAUACCCCGAGAAUACACGAAACUAUUCAAACAUAAUUUUUACUCAAUUAAUUUAAAGAUUGUACCUGAAUGCAUCAAGGCCUUCGAAGUUCUCGGCGUCAACCACGAACCACUGACUCUAAUCCGACCGCAUUUUGAGACUCCAUUGCCGCCCACUCAGCCCUCAGUAUUCCCUCCAAGUUUCCAAGAAUUGCCUCCGCCGGCCCUGGAACUCUUCGACCUCGAUGAGGAAUUCAGUUCGGACCUGCUAAAAUUAUCACAACUAACAAACAAAUACAUGUUAUCAAAAGAUUCAUCGGACGAGUCUGAGCUCGACUACUACAUCCGAGAAUUCGGCGAGAUAAUCAGAAUAAAUACCUCGACAAUUCCCACAUCAAAACAAGUACUCAACCACGUAUUCCAGAAGUUAAGCAGCUACAAAGCAAUGCACAAUUGAACAAUUCUAC